AUGAGUGUGCUGGAGGUGAAGUUCGUCGGGGAUGGGGAUGUUCUGGAGCACAUCGUGGACAAGCAGGAAGGUGUUCAGAGCAGCUCUGGUUCUGUCCAGAGGAUGGUGAAGUUCAAGAGCCCGGCUGGACCGCGGGGCUGCAGACAAGAAGCUGAGCUCCAUCAUGAUGAAAGUGGAGCCCAGGAUGAGCAGAAUUAUGUCCAGGCUUUGGGGACAGAAAACACUGAAGAAAACGAUGAUAAUCUGUCGAGAGUAGCUGGUUCCUCCAUUUUCACCUUCCAGAAAGUGAAACGAGGCAACAAGAUGGCCCAAACUGCGAGCGAGCUGGCCCGGACUCCUGGGAAAAGUGUGAGCUUUGGCACGACGGCAGAUAUCGAACCUGAAACCCCGACUCGAGCAGGCCACAACCACAGAGGUGAAAACCGGACGCCACAGAGGAGCAAGAGAGUUCAGUUUGUCUCCACAACGCCGCACAGACUCAGGAAGAGACUAACAGCGGCGAGUCUUGGCUCAGACAGCGACAGUGAGCUCUCGCCUUCGGACUCUGGAGAGGAGGAGGAAGACGAGCACCAGUUUGAAGAGGAGCAGAAAGGAAAGAACGAGGAUAAGAAGAACUUUAGAAACUCCCAAACUCCCAGUAAAAAGUUAUUGGCAGCUCUCUACAAGACUCCUGCCAAGAGGACCAGGACCACAGCAACACCCCUCAGCCAGCCCACCAUGACCGAGGAGUACUUUGAGGCUCACGGCAGCUCCAAAGUCCUGACGUCGGACCGGACCCUGGAGCGUUUGCACACCCCUAAACUCAACAGGGAGAGUUUAAAUCACCUUUUAGAAGAUAAACCUUCAUGUUACUUAGAAGAGCUCCAGCAGCUGCAGGACAAACACAGAAAGCACUUUAAUAAAUGGAUGUUGCACUUACGGUUGGGGUUCAGCGUUCUGGUCUACGGGUUGGGCAGCAAGAAGGCUUUGCUUGAGCACUUCAGGGAGUCUCAUUUGUCACAAGAGGUUCAUCUCGUGGUCAACGGAUUCUUCCCCUCCAUCACUCUUAAAUCAAUCUUAAAUGCUCUGACGUGCGAGGUUCUGGAGCUGGAGGGAAGUUCUCGAACCCCUGCAGAUCAGGUCCAGCUCGUCUCUCAGACACUCGGAGAACGUCCAGAUCUCCACGUGUAUGUGCUAAUACAUAACAUUGAUGGACCAAUGCUGCGAGGAGAGAAGACCCAGAGUGCACUGGGGCAACUGGCAUCCCUGCCAAACCUGCACCUGGUAGCUUCUAUAGACCACAUCAAUGCUCCGUUAGUGUGGGACCAGUUCAAACAGAGUCAGUUUAACUGGUUGUGGUGGGAGUGUGUGACGUUCCAGCACUACGCAGAGGAGACAUCGUAUGAAAACUCACUGCUGGUGCAGCAGACCGGCGCUCUCGCUCUGUCCUCCCUCACCCACGUGCUCCGCAGCCUGACGCCUAAUGCAAGAGGAAUCUUUAAACUGCUGGUGAAGUUUCAGCUAGAAAACAAAGACAACCCUUCAUACACAGGAUUAUCGUUCCAGGACUUCUACCAGCGAUGUCGAGAGGCGUUUCUGGUGAACUCAGACCUUACUCUGAGGACUCAGCUGACAGAGUUCAGGGAUCACAAACUGAUCCGAACACGCAAAGGUGCAGAUGGAGUGGAGUACCUGCUCGUUGCUGUGGAUACGAGCACGCUGAUGGACUUCCUGGAGAACGAGGAGGAUGAAUGA